AUGGACACCACAGCUUCCCAAGUUAUUUCGAAUAGCUACAUUCCUCCAAGGUUGGCAGAGCAAAACUCCCGAUUUCUAAACCGGGUCGCCCUAAAAUCCCUUUUGGAACUGGUCAAAAUAUGGAGCAGGUGGCCCGCAACGAAACCAAAACACAAUAUUGGAUCAGAGGUUGAUUUGUUCACCGAGUCUAACAUAACCAAGAAGAAACUCAUAGAUAAGAUCUUAGUAGAAUAUUGGCCGAAUGGUUUGAAUCUGCUACAAUUGAGUCAAAUUGAUACACAGCUAAUUGUCAAGAAGCCCUCUGCUUCGUCUAUGGGCAGCUCAGGCUGGACCAGCUCUAUGGCGAAAAUACCACUCUCCGGGGAAGAGUUGAUGAUAACUAUCGAGCCACAGUUGUUCUUGGAUCAAUUGAUGACACACCUUUCAAAAGUUUACUUGUGUCACAGUUAUGUAGCCAAGCAUCCGGUUCUACCACUAACAAUAAUAAGAGUUCAAGUAUUUGAUUUCAUUCCUAUGAAAAAGCGGAUUCCUUCGAAAGAUGAACUGGUCUCCCAUAAACCUUUCUUCUUGGCAAUUCCUCAAAAUUCCCCGUUCGUUAUUCAUACCGCUUUUCAAGACAGUGUUACGAAAACUAUUAUGCAGUCUAUUGAGUUAACACUUAGUUCUUCUACGAGGCAGGUUGUGCUGGCACCUACGAAUGAUCCUCCGGUGAAAACUUUGGAAGCAUUGCACAUAUUCAAAGGAAAUAGUAGGUUUUCAAAUUCAUUAGGGAGCUGGCAGCCAUAUGCUGAUGGAGAUGUGGAUAUGCCUGUUUUGGGAGAGGAGAAAAAUCACCCCAUUGUCAAAGUGAACAGAAUUGACAAUAACGCAGUUUCCAAUCGUCCUACGCGAGAACAAAUAGCCAUGUUACGUUUCAAAGGUACUGUGGAUCCCCUCAAAUCGGAAAGGUUGUUUGAAGAUACAAGGGCAAUUAAGGAGGUUGAGGAAGACAAUACAAACCCUUACUCAUCGAUUGCACCGGUGCAAUUUGUAAAACUGGCACUUAAGUCGGCAGAUGAUUCGAAUGAAAAUCCGAUCACCAUUAAAUUCACAGGUACAGAUGUUUACGCAGGAUUAUACGAGCUAGCAGUUAAAGGGCCUGUGGAUGCAGCGCUCAUUCCAGAGGCGUUAACUGGUGAAUAUGGUGUUGAGUCCGGGACUUUGGAAAAUGGAAAAUUCACCAAAGAGGAAACGAUAUUGCUGGACAAUAAUUAA